CGAGUACCGAGCUCGGCUCGGAGCGAACCUCGUCUCCGCGGAUUUUUACUGUUCCUCGUGUACAAAAUAUGACGUAGAACGUGAAAUCAUCUUCCAACCGUGGUUCACAGUAGCAAGGUUUACAUCCGCAAUUGACUCCGAGUGCCGUAACUUGUCAGGACAGUAACCAUGCCAGAGUUAACGGAACUUGACAAGGCAGCGAGCUCAGAGCCUACCAAGGUGGAGUUGGUUGGAGGCAUUGGCUCCGCAACUGAUUCGGACUCGGAUGACACUAUUCCAGAAUUGGAGGAUGCAGGAACUCCUGGCACCGUUGGUUUCCCUGGCACGACUGUCACCGGACUUCCUAUUGACAUGGUUUCCAAGGCUAAACAAAGUCGCGGAGAAAAGAAAGCCAGGAAGCUCAUGAGCAAGUUAGGAUUAAAGCCAGUUCAAGGAGUCAACAGAGUGACCAUUCGUAAAUCAAAGAAUAUUCUGUUUGUCAUAAAUAAACCAGACGUCUUGAAGAAUCCAGCUUCAGACACGUACAUUGUAUUCGGGGAAGCCAAGAUCGAGGAUCUCAGUCAGCAAGCGCAAGUUGCAGCAGCUGAGAAGUUCAAGGAACCGCCAGUUAUCCCAGCGACUGAAGCUGGUGGCAGCACCACGGUUGUCGCCCCUAUACAAGAGGAAUCGGAAGAGGAAGUGGAUGAAACAGGUGUGGAGGAGAAAGACAUCGAUUUGGUGAUGUGUCAAGCCAACGUGUCGCGAGGAAAAGCUAUUAAGGCUCUUAAGAAUAAUCAAAAUGACAUCGUCAAUGCUAUUAUGGAAUUGACAAUGUGAUGAAGUUGCUUAGAAGUAAGAUUAUAUGAUGAAGCUGCUAUAUGAUAGCCACACCAAGAGCAUGAUUUCAUCAUCCGCACAUCGUCAGAAAGGAUCAUCUUUCUUUUUGUUGCGUUGUCUUUUUAUCUUAAUGCGUUGCAAAAUAAUGAACAUGGCAUUGUGAGAAAAUCGAUCGCAUUUGUAAUUGUCUCGAAAAAUUGAAACCACGUGUAUAUACAUUAUUCGUGUAAAAGAAAAGAGAAAAUAAAUACAUUAAGACGUACG